GUCACACUAUUGCCAAAAAAAGCGCGCGGCGUGUUUUUGCAAACAAAACAAUUUACUUUAACUUUAUAUUAAACUAAUUUCAACUGAUCGGUAAACACUUAAUCAUCAUGGGAAUUCUGGGCUUAUCCAAGCUCAUUGCGGAUUUGGCGCCACAAGCAAUUCGCGAAAGUGAAAUUAAGAACUUUUUUGGCCGCAAGGUGGCCAUUGAUGCCAGUAUGUGCCUGUACCAGUUCCUCAUCGCCGUGCGUUCCGAGGGCGCCCAGCUGGCCACCGUCAACGGGGACCCCACGUCCCACUUGAUGGGCAUGUUCUACCGCACCAUUCGAUUGCUGGACAAUGGGAUCAAGCCGGUGUACGUGUUCGAUGGCAAACCGCCGGAUCUAAAGUCCGGGGAGCUGGCCAAGCGCGCCGAGCGGCGGGAGGAGGCGGAGAAGGCCCUGAAGGCGGCCACCGAUGCUGGCGAUGAUGCGGGGAUCGAGAAGUUCAACCGGCGACUGGUGCGAGUGACCAAGGAGCACGCGAAGGAGGCCAAGGAGCUGCUCACGCUGAUGGGUGUGCCCUAUGUGGAUGCACCCUGCGAGGCGGAGGCCCAGUGUGCGGCUCUCGUCAAGGCAGGCAAGGUCUAUGCCACUGCCACGGAGGAUAUGGAUGCGCUUACCUUUGGAUCCACCAAACUCCUGCGAUAUCUCACCUACAGCGAGGCGCGAAAGAUGCCCGUCAAGGAGUUCAGCUACGAGAAGCUGCUCGAGGGUCUGUCCAUCAACAGCCGCGAAUUCAUCGAUCUGUGCAUCCUACUUGGCUGCGAUUACUGCGAGAGCAUCAAGGGCAUUGGGCCCAAGCGGGCCAUCGAGUUGAUCAAUAACUACAGGGAUAUCGAGACCAUUCUGGACAACCUGGACACCAGCAAGUACACGGUGCCUGAGAACUGGAACUACAAGGUGGCGCGGGAACUCUUCAUCGAGCCAGAGGUGGCCAAUGCCGAGGACAUCGACCUCAAGUGGGUGGAGCCUGACGAGGAGGGGCUGGUCAAGUUCCUCUGCGGCGAUCGACAGUUCAGCGAGGAGCGCGUUCGCAACGGGGCCAAGAAACUGGUGAAAUCCAAGCAGGCCCAGACCCAGGUGCGACUCUAUAGCUUCUUUAAGACCCUGCCCAGCACUCCGAAUGCCACGAAUGCCGCCAAACGGAAGGCCGAGGAGGCCAAGAAGAGUGCCAACAACAAGAAGGCCAAGACCAGCGGCGGAGGCGGUGGGCGUGGCAGGCGUCCCAAGUAGCCACACUGUUUGUCGUUUGGAAAAACGUACAAUUCUUUAAUUUUAACUUAAACGUAUUUAAAGCCUAUGCAUACAAUAAAAACUACAUCUUUGAGCUUAA